CUGUGUCACAUGCGGCCCAUUUUCAAAUUCUCCGAUGGUUGCCAUUCAGAACAAGUCCGGUGCCGACUUCUCGGCGGGCCAAGUGGCCGCGCGCCUCUUGGGCUCCACCGCGUCGGGUGUCCUCGAGCUCGCGAUUUUUCACCCUGUGGACACGGUCGCGAAGCGCCUCAUGACCAACAAGAGCUCGGACUUGACCCUCACCCAAGUGAUCUUUCGUGACGCAGCCACCAAGCCGCUUGGUCAGCGCUAUGCCUCGCUCUUCCCUGGCGUGGGCUUUGCUGCCGGGUACAAGAUUUCGCAACGCAUUUACAAAUUCGGCGGUCAACCCGUGGUGAAGGAUUACAUUACCAAGCACCACAAGCAAACGUUCGUGAACCUGUUCGGCGAUUCGCACGCCAAGACGUUCAUGCACGCGACCGCCGGAUCGUUGAUUGGUAUCGGUGAAAUUGCCCUUUUGCCUCUUGACGUGCUCAAGAUUCGCGCCCAAACCAACCCUGCUGCCAUCGCCGGUCGUGGUGUUUUGGACAUUUUCAAGACGGAAGGCUUGGCCUUGUACCGUGGUGCCGGCUGGACGGCCGCGCGCAACGCCCCCGGUUCGUUCGCCUUGUUCGGUGGAUCUGCCGCUGCCAAGGAAUACUUGUUUGGGUUGGAAAAUUACAACGACGCGACCUUCUUCCAGAACUUCGUCGCAUCCAUCGCCGGUGCUUCGUCCAGUAUCAUUGUGGCGCAACCUCUCGAUGUGAUCAAGACCCGCAUUCAGUCGCGUGCGUUCGACUCGCCCGAAAGCGGUGCGCAAGUGGUCAGCAACUUGCUCAAGAACGAAGGCCCUGGAGCGUUGUUCAAGGGAUUGGUGCCCAAGCUCGGCGUGGUCGGCCCCAAGCUCGUCUUUUCGUUCUGGAUUGCCCAACAGUUGAUUGCCCACUUUGAAAAGGCGUUUGCAUAGACAACAUGUACCAGUAUAGAUUAAUGUAGACGACCCUCGCGAUGGACAGUUGACGAGUGUGCGCCACGCUGCCACUUCUUGCCAUCCAUACUGCGGACGCCCCCGACAGGAAGCGCGGCACGACGGCGGUGCUCCAGGCCACACUGUGUGACGUCGAGAUGAAGAAUAGAUGGGCAUGGAGGCCAUUCCAACGGUCUUUUCUCUCAUGACGACAUCGGCAAGAUUCGAGCGGUUGAGCGAGAGUCUCGGCCACUCGGCCUUUGUGUUUUCGAUUCACCUGGUUGUGGUGGCGGAGGGCACACCAAACAUGGCAUUC